CGGAGAUUAUUUGCAACGUUCAAGUGAUCGCAUGCACGUGAAAUCGGCUCUUAAUAGUACCUGGGAAGUACAGCACUCCAGAUUAAAAUCUCAAGACGCAGUUGGGCAUAUCUGUAAAGUUACAGCAGUUUGAACAAAGGAAUAGGGAGAUGCCGCCGGCUAUGUGAUUCGGCAAGGUGCAUAGGAGCUCGCUGGCUGUAUGCAUAAAAUUGAAGUUCUUGUCACAUUUUAAAAGGUAUUGGGUUCGAUCGCAUGGAUUUUUCUAGACUAGAUGUGCCAGCAAAGUGAACGCAACUGACGUAACGAAGGAUUAUUAUUUUCUGCUUUUCAACAAUAUUAACGUAGGUACGCAAGGAACAGUGACUUUUUUAUUUUGAUGUUUCCUUUAGUAAUAAAAAUAUCGUAACUAAACCUAAAACGUGUAUUUUUCCAAGACACUCCAAAAAAACCCUGUCAUACAAUAAUAGCGUUCUGAUAAAAUGGCUAUUUUUCUUAGACAGUUUUGUAUCUAUACGUCUGAUUUCAGUCUCUACAUUUUCAAUUCCUGAAUAAAAGAGUUCUACCCCGUUUCUAUCCCCUGAUUGGGCUUCACAUUCGGUUUAAUUCAUCAUUCGUAGCUCAUCGUGUCGGUAUUGUUCGUGAGUUUGGGCACUUCGGAACAAACUUCUACGCUCAAGUGUUUGCGUUCCUGGCUCUUUAGUAAAUUGUUAUUCAUAGCUUUGUAUAAACGCCGCCCGCUUGGAAAGAGUACUUCACUCAUACACUUACGCUCUUAUCUCUCAGUUGAUAUCAUCCGCAGUUGUAAGGAAAUUAUUUUUCCAAGUCCUUUGUUUCCUUUGUGACUAGUUGAAGAUUAUAAGUUUGUGUACAAUGCCUUACUACGAGAAUGAUGUUUUAGGUUUACUUAAAACUAGAGUGCUCUAUAUUUUUGAAAACUGAAAUAAAAUUAUGGUCUUUGGAUAAUGUAAUUUUCUCCACAUUGCAUUAUUAUUUAUUAAAAAUUAUUUUAUGCUGCUUUAUUAUUCGAUGCUUGGAUAUCCAUAAAUACGUAUAGGUACACGUCAUGAUAUAUACUGCGUAAAUGUAACAAAAUAAACACCUGAUCUUAAAAUUUAAUUCAUAUUUUAUUUAUAAGUUGCUCUGUUCCUAUUAAGGCGCCGACUUUAUUGCUCGUAAAACACCCUCGAGUUCAGCCUGGCAAAAAAUAAACAAAAAAUGUUAGUACCUCAAGUAAAAUAUAACUUAGUUACCAAACAAUAUGAUUAAAUAUAAAAAAGUCCGAAAGAUAUGCGUGAUUCAGAACAGUAUCCUUAGACACUCAAACUAAAACUUAAAGAAAAAUAAGGACGGCUAUAGUUUUCGUAGUUUCACGAUAAGAUUGAUAACGGACAUGCGCAACUCUGCCUCAGUGCUGUCUUUGAAUGAACUCGACAGUUUUAAAACAUACAAAACACGACCUUAUACCACCUUAUUAUGUUACAUAUUCCGUUUGUUCACCUGUAAUUGUGUGCACAAACGCAUUGGCAUGUUACCACGAAGAUGCGUCUUAAACGGCCACCCGCACACGUUUACUAUGACUGCACACAACAGUAUCUCAACGAUUCCAACUAAGUUGUCGUGUAUGUGUGUACGAACAUUUCUGUGUGUAUAUAAAUUUUCGUUAAAGCAAGAUAGGGCAAAAGAGGAAAAGCGUUGGUAGUAAAAGCGAGCGAAACGCGGCCGGGUGGCCGGUGACAGUUGUCAGUAUGUUCUGGAGCUCGGUGAGGGAUGGUAGUCUCGGGGGAGCUCGGUUUUGGCGCUAAACACUUCGAUUUCCCGCGCUUUGCCCACGUGGACCGCGCUAACUAUUAACUUUAUAAUGAUUUAUUGUUAUCGGACGAUUUGUAAAGUUAACGGAGCGUUGUGUUGUCGACAUGAAGUCGUGUAGUUUAAUGAACAAAGUAACUUGGAACUCAUGAUUGUGUCGUGCUAUAUUAGUCAUUAUCUUCGAUUGUAUGAGAAAACUGAUCAACAACGGACACAUGUUUCCGCCGACGUCCACCAAAGCGGCCUGGUGGCUGGCCACGUUCUUCAGUGUAUUUGUGACUGGUGAAAUGCCGAUCCAGGCCGAGCUGGAACCUGAGUUUCUUCAGGCUCUAGAGAACCACACAGUGACACAAGGCAGGGACGUACACUUUACUUGUGUUGUCAACCAUUUAUCUAAUUAUAGGGUGGCGUGGAUCAAGUCAGACUCGAAGGCGAUUCUGGCGAUACACACAAAUAUGGUGGCACUGAACCCUCGUCUUAGCGUUACAUAUAAUAACCACAACACGUGGAAGCUACAUGUCAGCAACGUCCAGGCGAACGAUUCUGGCACCUACAUGUGCCAAGUAAACACAGACCCUAUGAAGAGUCAGAUGGGUCAUUUAUCCGUGGUGAUCCCUCCGGACAUAGUGGACACCGUGACGGAGGGCAGCUCGGCGCAGGAGGGCGGCAGCAUAAGAUUGACGUGCACCGCAACUGGGGUGCCGCCACCGACCGUGCAAUGGCGGCGAGAACACAACCGACCUAUAGUGUUUAGACACGACGGCGGUCGGGAGCGGAAAGUUGUGGACAUCCACAGAGGCGAGACGCUGGAGCUGGCACACGUUCAGAGGACGGACAUGGGGGCCUACUACUGCAUCGCAAGCAAUGGUGUCCCACCUACAGUCAGUCGACGGUACCACGUCGAGGUUCACUUCAUUCCACAAGUGAAGGUCACCAAUCAGCUGGUCGGGGCUCCACUCGGCAGUGACGUAGAGCUUCAGUGCUGUAUCGAAGCCUCUCCCAAAGCCAUGAACUCCUGGUACAGGGAAGACGGGAACUCGCUAUUAAGCGACAAAUUGACUGAGAACCCGAAGCUUCGUGUAUCAGAAACUAUAAUGAACGAGUACUCGUUGUGGAUAAACUUGACGAUAAAGUCUCUAGCGCCAGCGGACUAUGGAACUUAUGUGUGCGCCUCUGUCAAUGCGCUAGGAAAGAUGGAGAGCCAAGUCAGUUUGCAUAGACUAGAGCUAAGCAUGAACGGCUUUGGUGCCGAAGAGCCGAUGGUAUCUGGCGCGGCGUGGCAGCGCGCGCGCAACUCUCCAUCACACCGAAUGCGCCCCGCGGCGUCGCACGCGCACCAAUACUUCCUCACGCAACAUCUACCGCCGCAGAUCUACGCUUUACUACUCUCCGUGCUGAGAUAUAUACAUUCUUUUUAAUUGUUUGUGUUAAUGUAUAUGCCGUUCCUGUAUAUAGAAUUUGGUGAUGUUAGAAGUCUGAUUAAAAGCAGUUAUGUUUAGUUAUAAAAUUGUUCUUAAAUGUGAAAAAGAAAUGGUUAAAAUUACACAAGGAUUUCUGAAAACGAAGACCUAUUAUAAAAAUGUCCUUACUCAAUCAGGCUUACCAUCAUGCAUUUAAUCAGUCUUCUGAAAUUAUUAAAAAUGUUAAAUUUCAUAAACUUUAAGCGAUAAAGAAUACUAAAUAAAAAGGGGGUGUAAGAGAAGACGAUAAAUAUCAUUUAUUUAAUGAACUGAUAUUACGUAGAGCUAUGUCCAACUAUGGCUGAUAUAGACUGAUAUGAUGAACAUUCAGGACUAAAACAAAUGAAUCACAAUCGUAAAAAUUACAUUGUCAACCUAUUAAAAUUGAUGUGAAAAUAAUAAAAUAGAAGUCAAAUAACAGUAGAUUUCAA